CACACUUCAAGGGUUUCUCACCUCUACAAAGCUUUCGGCUGCUGGCGAUCUGAUCUCUAGUUCUCGUUUUUAGCUUUGCUUAACCAUGGGAAAGGAGAAGGUUCACAUUAGCAUUGUGGUUAUUGGCCAUGUGGACUCUGGGAAGUCUACCACCACUGGUCAUCUCAUCUAUAAGCUUGGUGGUAUUGACAAGCGUGUGAUUGAGAGGUUCGAGAAGGAAGCCGCUGAGAUGAACAAAAGGUCAUUCAAGUAUGCUUGGGUGCUUGACAAGCUGAAGGCUGAGCGUGAACGUGGUAUCACCAUUGACAUUGCUCUGUGGAAGUUUGAGACCACCAAGUAUUACUGCACUGUGAUAGAUGCUCCUGGGCAUCGUGACUUCAUUAAGAACAUGAUUACUGGAACAUCUCAGGCUGACUGUGCUGUCCUCAUUAUUGACUCCACCACUGGUGGUUUUGAAGCUGGUAUCUCCAAGGAUGGUCAGACUCGGGAGCACGCCCUUCUUGCCUUCACUCUUGGGGUGAAGCAGAUGAUCUGCUGCUGUAACAAGAUGGAUGCCACAACCCCCAAAUACUCCAAGGCAAGGUAUGAUGAAAUUGUGAAGGAAGUGUCAUCCUAUCUCAAGAAGGUUGGCUACAACCCAGACAAGAUUGCCUUUGUCCCAAUCUCCGGCUUCGAGGGUGACAACAUGAUCGAGAGAUCAACCAACCUUGACUGGUACAAGGGCCCUACUCUCCUAGAUGCUCUGGACAUGAUCCAGGAACCUAAGCGUCCAUCAGACAAGCCUCUUCGUCUCCCUCUUCAAGAUGUUUACAAGAUUGGAGGCAUUGGAACUGUCCCAGUUGGUCGUGUGGAGACUGGCAUCCUGAAACCUGGAAUGGUUGUUACUUUUGGUCCCACUGGUCUCACCACUGAAGUGAAGUCUGUGGAGAUGCACCAUGAGUCACUUCCAGAGGCUUUGCCCGGUGACAAUGUUGGCUUCAACGUCAAGAAUGUUGCUGUCAAGGAUCUGAAGCGUGGUUUUGUCGCAUCCAACUCGAAGGAUGACCCUGCCAAGGAAGCUGCCAACUUCACUGCUCAAGUCAUCAUCAUGAACCACCCCGGACAGAUCGGCAAUGGCUAUGCCCCAGUCCUUGAUUGCCACACCUCUCACAUUGCUGUCAAGUUUGCUGAAAUUCUGACCAAGAUUGACAGGCGAUCUGGUAAGGAGCUGGAGAAGGAGCCGAAAUUCCUGAAGAACGGUGAUGCUGGUUUUGUGAAGAUGAUUCCAACCAAGCCAAUGGUUGUCGAGACAUUCUCCGAGUACCCUCCCCUUGGAAGGUUUGCUGUGAGAGACAUGAGGCAGACCGUGGCUGUUGGCGUCAUCAAGAACGUCGAGAAGAAGGAUCCCUCUGGUGCCAAGGUCACUAAAUCUGCAGCCAAGAAGAAGUGAAUCUCAAACAUAUCUGCAGUUUGGAUGCAGAACUGGGUUCUUGAUCGUCGGUGGCAAUGCGUGUCUUGUUUUAGACUUAUAAUUUAGUUUUCCAGUAUUUACUGUUAUCCUGUUGAACCUUUGUGUUUUCCGUACUUUUUCUCUUUGCUUUUGCAUGAAUUGUUAUUUUUAUUAUUAUCUAUCAAGUUUGGUUUUAAUUU